AGGGAGGGAGUUUGCCAGUUGGAAGUCUCAUGGCCCCUGCCCUCAAGGAGCAAUCAUUCCAAUGGCGGGGAGGGGUUUCCUCCACAGGAAGGCUCCAAAGCAGACUUCUUUCAUGACAGCUCCACUGAUAUAAAUCCCGUGGCUUUCUGAUGUUGUGCCCUGUGAUAGGGCCCGAGGCUCAAUGAGAACUUGGCUUUCUGGGCCUUCUGCGGCGGCCAUGACCUGAGCUACUGCAGGAGCUGUUCUGGGGCCAUGUCUGGACAGGGCAACAGCCACACACAGUAGGUAAGAAGCCUGGCUGCCAUUCCCAGGGCACACAGGCUCAGGGUCGUGGGUUAGCUCCAUCAGAGGCAUGGGCUAUCUCCAUCAGAGGUCGUGGGCUACCUCCAUCAGAGGUCAUGGGCUAUCUCCAUCAGAGGUCGUGGGCUAUCUCCAUCAGAGGUCGUGGGCUAUCUCCAUCAGAGGUCGUGGGCUAUCUCCAUCAGAGGUCGUGGGCUAUCUCCAUCAGAGGUCGUGGGCUAUCUCCAUCAGAGGUCGUGGGCUAUCUCCAUCAGAGGUCGUGGGCUAUCUCCAUCAGAGUCAUGGGCUAUCUCCAUCAGAGGUUGUGGGCUAUCUCCAUCGGAGUCAUGGGCUAUCUCCAUCAGAGGUCGUGGGCUAUCUCCAUCGGAGUCGUGGGCUAUCUCCAUCAGAGGUCGUGGGCUAUCUCCAUCAGAGGUCGUGGGCUAUCUCCAUCAGAGGUCGUGGGCUAUCUCCAUCAGAGGUCGUGGGCUAUCUCCAUCGGAGUCGUGGGCUAUCUCCAUCAGAGGUCGUGGGCUAUCUCCAUCGGAGUCAUGGGCUAUCUCCAUCAGGGUCAAGAGGAUUGGAGCGGUCUGACUGCCUGGCAGAAGUGGCCUCCUGUCUCUUGCUUAAAGUGCCCCAUUCUUUCCGCCCAGCUUCCCUGCCUGUCCCUGGUGGCAGGGAUGGCAGUUGCGGGGAUGGUCGGCCCCUGCUCCCCGGGGGCUGCUUCCCUAGAUAAAGCUUAUAAAGGCUGAGCUGAGCACAGGACAAGGGGCCCGGGGGCGGGCCGUACCAGUCUGCCUGGCGGUGGUAACUGGUCAGAGGUUAUUGUGGCGACAGUGAUGAGAACGGGCCCUGUUCCUGGAGCUGGAAGUCAGCUUGGCAGAUGGGGCCGUUCCCGGGCUCGGGGGCUGAGAACCCUGGCUGUCUCCGUCAGGCUCCGGGGGAAGACGAUGGUCAAGUGGAGGUGGCGGGAUGACAAGUGAGACAGAUGCAAAAGAGCUGCUGGAUUCUGGGAAAGGGAGUGGUAGUGGGAGCCCGGCCCAGGGGGGCCCGGCCCAGGGGGGCCCAGCCCAGGGGGGCCUGGUCCAGGAGAGCCCAGCCCAGGGAGCAGCAGAUCGGCUCCCAAGCCUAGGACCUCAGCUGGCCUGGCACUAGAUGGAAGCCUGGGAGAGGCAAGGAAGGCGGUCACUAUGGAAGUGAGAGGAGAGGCCCUUGAACUUGGGUGGGCGGCAGAAAGAUGGCGGGAAGCAAGCCCUCCAAGGUCCAACGUCUGGGCUGCCUUCCAGCUGCAGCCGUUCGGGGAGAGCACUUGGAGGAAAGGUCCCCCGAAGCGGGAGAGGAGCCGGGCAGGGCCCGGGCCGGGCGAGGCUGGCUCGGCUUCAAGCUAGGCCGCCGAGCACAAAGACCCGGGGACAUCAGGGUCACGGCGGCCGUCGCCCAGGCUGCCCUUCCUCGGGUGGGGAAGGAAGUCAAAGAAGCGUCAUCCAAGGCUGAUCAAAGGACCGAGAGUAAAAGGCAAGUCCUGGGACAAAAGGAGCCAGACCCUGGACUCGCAGGUGACCCCCCCCCCCCCAACAGGAUCUUUACAAGCCCGGGACCUGACCCACGGACUUGGCUCCAAGCUCCCAGAGGGCCGUGCAGGCUGAGGGCCGCGACUGUCCCCCCGUGUCCCCUGGCGGGACCCGGGCCCGAGCCGGGGGAGCCGGCAG